GGAACCAGGCUCUGAGGAGUGGCCAGUCCCGUGGAGUGCCGGGUGGAGAUUAUACGAGUACAUGGCGAUUAAGGCCAGAUCGAUCUUCAACCAAGAUAGUCAUUAAGGCCAGAUCCUAGAGCUCCAACUUCUCCGACCUGAAGAUCACUGAUGUCACGAUUUUUCCCAGUCUGAACUCGUUUUUACCUGAAUUCCCAGUUGUUUUGAACGCACCAAGUUUCACUGUGCCUAAAUUGACUGGCGCUCUGCGCGGACGAGGGCGUGUUCAGCUAACAAAAUUGUGCUUUGGUAUAGGAUGCCUGCAGUAAAUUGCGGUGGGGAUUAGGCAGAGGUGGUUCUGGUAUGCUUUGAGGUGUUUCAAUAGAUAUUUUAAUUAGUUAAACCAUGUCUAGGUUUUUUAACGUAAUUAAUACUCACCUCCGGAGAGAUUUUACCGCAUAUCGCGCUAUUGUGUGUCUUCCACUGCGUACAAUAAACUACACUUCGCAGAAACAUGUGGGAAAUGGGGACAGCACUAUGGUCCUGGGGAAGAGGUGGAAGGACGCGGCUGAGACGGUGAUCAUCGGAGGGGGCUGUGUUGGAGUCAGUCUGGCCUAUCACCUGGCCAAGGCUGGACAGAAGGAUGUGGUCCUGCUGGAGAAGUCUGAACUGACCGCUGGAUCCACCUGGCACGCUGCUGGUUUGACCACGUACUACCACCCUGGUAUCAACCUGAAGAAGGUCCAUUACCACAGCAUCAAGCUGUAUGAGAGUCUGGAGGCCGAGACAGGACAGGCAGUGGGUUUCCACCAGCCAGGCAGUAUCCGUAUUGCCUCCACCCCAGUCAGAGUGGAUGAGCUGAAGUACCAGAUGGCAAGAACCCACUGGCACCCCACGCCCCAGUGGCUCAUCACCCCUGAGAAGAUCAAGGAGCUCUUCCCCCUGCUCAACAUGGACAAGGUGCUAGCGGGUCUAUAUAACCCAGGAGAUGGCCAUAUUGACCCCUACUCCCUAACCAUGGCCCUGGCUGCUGGGGCGCGUAUGUAUGGAGCCCAGAUCUACAACCCAGCCCUGGUCUCUGGCCUCACACCCACCAGUGAUGGGAAGUGGGAUGUCCAGACCCCCCACGGGACCAUCAGAGCGAACCGCAUAGUCAACGCCACAGGUUUCUGGGCCCGGGAAGUUGGCCAGCAGAUUGGCUUUGAGCACCCCACUAUCCCUGUCCAUCACCAGUAUGUUGUCACGGCAACGGUGCCUGAGGUAAAGGCCCUAAAGGCAGAGCUGCCAGUGAUCAGGGACCUGGAGGGCUCCUACUACCUCAGACAGGAGAGAGAUGGACUGCUGUUUGGACCCUACGAGAAAGAGGAGAAGAUGGUGCUGCAGGACUCCUGGGUUAGAGAUGGAGUACCACCAGGUUUUGGUAAGGAGUUGUUUGAGUCAGACCUGGACCGUAUCAUGCACCACGUAGAGAUGGCCAUGGAGAUGGUGCCUGUGCUGAAGAAUGCUGACAUCAUCAACAUUGUAUCUGGACCAAUCACCUACACCCCUGACCUCCUUCCUAUGGUCGGACCGCACCAGGGAGCACGUAACUACUGGACCGCUAUCGGCUUCGGGUAUGGAGUGAUCCACGCCGGUGGCAUUGGGAAGUUCCUCAGUGAUUGGAUCGUAACAGGGGAACCCCCCUAUGACCUCAUUGAGUGUGACCCCAACCGGUAUGGAAAAUGGACCACUGUACCCUACAUGUGUGCCAAAGCCAGAGAGUCCUAUGGAUUCAACAACAUGGUGGGCUACCCUAAAGAGGAGCGUUUUGCUGGCCGUCCGACCAACAGGACCAGUGGUGUGUAUGAGCUGCUAAAGGGAAAAGCUUCCAUGGGGUUCCACGCCGGCUGGGAACAGCCUCACUGGUUCUAUAAGCCUGGAGACAAUGCCAGUUACAAGCCCAGUUUCAGGCGUACCAACUGGUUCGGUCCGGUGGGGAGGGAGUGUAAGCUGGUGAUGGAGAAGGUUGGGGUCGUUGACCUGACACCCUUCGGCAAGUUCAUGGUUAAAGGGAAAGAUUCUCAUAAACUGCUGGACAGACUGUUCGCCAACACUAUGCCCAAGGUGGGCCUGACUAACAUCAGCCACAUGUUGACCCCCACUGGGAGAGUCUACGCUGAGGUCACCAUUACCCAGCUCACACCUGGAGAGUUCCUCCUCAUCACAGGAUCUGGAUCAGAGCUGCAUGACCUCAGGUGGAUGGAGAAGGAGGUAGCAGAGGGGGCGUAUGAUGUAGAUAUUUCCAAUGUGACAGAGGACAUUGGGGUGUUGGGUGUGGCUGGACCAAAGGCUAGAGAUGUUCUACAGAAACUCACUCAGGAGGACAUGAGCGAUGCAAGCUUUAAGUUCCUCCACUGCAAACCCAUUCAACUGGGUGGCAUCAACCUCAGAGCUAUUAGGAUCUCCUACACAGGUGAGUUGGGCUGGGAGCUGUACAUUCCUCACAAGGACAUGGCAGCUGUGUACCAGGCUAUCAUGGCUGCAGGAGAGGACGAGGGCAUCGACAACUUUGGUACCUACGCCAUGUCAUCACUACGACUGGAGAAAGGCUUCAGAGGCUGGGGUGCAGAGAUGAACUGUGACACCAACCCUCUGGAAGCUGGUCUGGACUACUUCAUCAAACUCAACAAGCAUGCUGACUUCAUCGGUAAGGCAGCGCUGCAGGAGAUCAAAGCUAAAGGUCUGAAGAGGAAGCUGUCAUACAUCACCAUGGAAACGGAUGAUGUUGACCCAGAGGGCAACGAGACUAUCUGGCUCAAUGGCAAGGUGGUUGGUAACACUACAUCUGGGGCCUACAGCUACACCACCCAGCAGAGCCUGGCGUUUGCCUACCUGCCAGUGGAGCUGUGUUCUGUAGGGCAGAAGGUGGAAGUGGAGAUGUUGGGGAGGAAGUACCCUGCCAUGGUGGUCCAGGAGCCACUGGUCCUCACAGAACCAACCAGGACCCGGCUGCAGAAGAAGAGCAAGGCAUAGACACUGGGUACGGGCAGAGAACCAGCUUAGAACUAGAGUACCAGACCUGGGUCGAAAAUAGGAUGUUUUCUUUCAAAUAUUUACAGUAUGCUCCUGGUGCUAAUUUCAACCCAGGUUCGACCAAGGUCCGCAAACGGUAGAGCCGACACCAACCAAGCAACUACACUGUGAAGUGAACUAUGCUGGCUGACAAAGUGACUCAUGAAAAAUACUUAAAUGUGAUUAAUGGUACUCAAAUGACACCCUAUUUCCUAUUUUGUGCACUGUUUGUAGUGUACUAUAUAGGGUAUCAUUUGAGACAGACUGACUGUGAAGU